CCGGCGUACAUUCCGAUAUUCGUAUUACCUCGCUCAAUCUGUUGAAUAACUUUUCUCGUAUUAAAUCUUUAAAAAUGUUUAGCUGCGUGGUAUGUAAAAAAGUGUACGUUCGUAAAAGUGAUCUGACCAGACACGCUACAACUCACGGCGAACCGGCAAAUACGUGUGGGAUAUGCUUCAAGACGUUCACCCGGCGGAACAAUCUCAAUAUCCACGUUCAAAAUUGCCAUAUGAUCGCUAAAAACACUCCUGAAUUCUACAGCGCUGUACGGAUAGGUGGUUCAAUGGGUCGCGCAUCAAUCAUAAUGAGGGCAACCCCCAUCACUACGCCACACACUCAGUCAGAUGUGCGGCCACCUACAGUCAACUUGUCUCGCCGCCGUGCGGGCACAUCUACCCCACCGCUUCUUGUCUCAUCAACCACGUUCUGCACGCCAGCUGUCGUCACCCCGUCACCCGCACAGCCUAUUGCUACCUGUUCGGACGCUAUAUCCCCCGCUACCACCGCGCACGCAAGAUUAGACUCACCACCGUCGAACGUUGAAGGCGUGAGUUACACUGAAAAUACUCAAAAAAAUAUCAAAUGGAAAAAUGAUCGCAUGCAAACGGUUAAUACGCACGGCUUUAUCGAGAUAGAGUCUUCACUUAAUCGGACGUUGGUGUGGUAUUUUAGAAAAAAUGUAGAUAACGUAGCCAGUUAUCGCGCUUUCCUCAACACGAUAGAGUCGGAAUUAAUCCAGAAAUUACGAGAGUGCGUGCGUAUUGGCCCGAUCAUAUACAACCUGAAAUUGGAGACCACCUACGUCAUACCUAACUUGCACAAUUCAGCUCAUAAUAACGCGUUUAAAACUUCGGCCCGCGAACUGUACGCGCACAGUAAUGUCGAGAGUUUGAUCGAUCGUGAUUUCACUAGGCUUCUAGCCCAAGAACACUCGUACGCCGAGAAAUUUAGUGGAUUUGCCUUAUCGUGUAUCGACGGACUGCUCUUAAGUGUGUGCGAGAACACGCCUGUGGAGGGGAUCGACGUACAUGCCGUUCCCGGAAAGUAUUCUGAAUCGGAAGGCCGUUGAGAAACCCUCAAAAUAUCGACCGGCAAUGUUCAAGUCGACGAUCCUAGUCAAAUACGUACCAAAAGACAAUCACGAGAAAGUAGGCGUGAAUUAUUUGAGGGGAGAGCACCGUUACGACUUUUCUGCGUUACAACCCCCACUCCCGUUUUGGAGAUAAAAUUAUUCACAAUUAUCGGAGUAUGGUUGUGGCCGUGGGUGGCGCAUGUAACGAGAUGCUAUCCAAUACCAAUUAACUGGCGCGCUCUGCUGGCUCGUUCAGCCGCAACCGGUUUCAAUACACAAUUCAAUAUAGACGGAACUACACCCGAAUCCCGUAAACACCAUAAUAACCAUGACGAAAUAGAUAGGUAUGAUCACAUCGGUACGUGUUCUCGUCCACUGUAGCACACAACGCCUAAUGUAAUUUUCGUUAUAUCAUUGGUCUAAUAAUUUGUACUUAUAUUUUAAAUUUAUAUAAUUUAUUAUAAUGUUGUGAGUGUCAUCCAUAUACAUUAGAGACAGGUGGCGGCUGGCUGGCGGCACUCCGUCAAUCGGUGAAUUUUUUUUAUUAUUAUUAUUAUAUAUUAUAUUCCUGAAGGCUGUCUUCAUACCUUUAUUAUACAUUUAUUAUUUAUCACCUGGUAAAAACGGAUCUUAAUUUCUGUAAAUAUUCUCAAUUUAUAUUUAUUUGGGCGAUACAGCUCAAUAGCUGCUUAUACACUGUUCACCUGUUGGUCCAGGUCGUAUUAAUUAUUAAUUCAUGCUUAUUAUAUUUUUUAUAUUAUAUAUACCUACAUACUAUAUUGCUGUAAAUUAAACUUAUGUAUUAUACUAUCAUCUAGAUGUGUGUAUUAUACAGCAACAAAUA